AAGGCUGUUUGGCACGGGAUUUGGCCGCAGAAGCUCUCCAAAAGGGAGGUCGCUACCUUCACAGCGGCGAGCUCCUGUGUUGAUUACGAUCAGACAUGAAGGAAAUGUCGUUGGAGGAGCGAAGUCAAACAGCACGGAGGCGAAGGAGCUACAGGAUUUGGCCGAGAUAGCACACGAAAGGGAGAUCGUUAACUUCACAACGAGCGGCUCCCAUGAUUGGCUCCGAUCAAAAUGUCGUGACUUCUGGUCCGACUGAAGGGAACGUCGUCGAGGGAGGAAGCCGAAGACAUGCACGAUAGGGAGAAAGUGACCUUUACUGCAAGCGAGCUGCCGCGAUUUCUUCCGAUCAAAUUGUUGUAGCUUCCGAUAGACGGGAAGGGAAAGUUGUCGAAUGAGCGAAGUCGUCCGGACACGAAGGAGGCGCGAAAGGGAGAAAGCUUCCUAUCAAAGCGAGCGAGCUCUGAUGUUGUUUCCGAUCAAACCGUUGUAGCUUCUGGUCGGACAGGAGAAGGGAGGAUCGUGGAAGGAGCGAAGUCGAAUGGCGAUGAGAGAGUUAGAGAGCUUAGGAGAGUGAAAGAGCGAGAAAGAGGAGGCCGAAGGCCUCAUCUCUUUGGCCAACGACGCGAGCGAGUCGUGCGACGUGGGUCAUGCGAAGCUCGACUUGCCGAGAUCGUUGGAUUGCAUGGAAGUCUUCUUUCUAUGAUGCUCCAGAUCGCUGAACAGGAUUCUAGAUUAAUCACAUAUGGCAGAAUUGAUGCUGAUAUCGUGGAACAAAUUGCUGCAGCAAGAUUUUGAUCAAUCAAAAUCCAUUCUGCGUAUUGUGGAUUUGCUACGAUUCUGCCUUCAUCUGUCUGCGUAUCUUUCGCCGGUGGACACGCAUUUGGAAGAAGAAAUUGUAGAAACCCAUUUGCCUUGAGUAGUUUAAUGAUUUGUGAUUUCCAGAUUGUGUAAUUCUCACUCGUCAGUUGAGUAGGUACCAUAUUUCGAAUAUUGGAGAUCACGAACUUGAGUGAAGCAGGGAUUGUAGAUCCUUCUGUCAUGGCUUCUGUUGGUUCGCCAAUUUGAGACGAAACAGAGGAUUGUGCCAUUAAUAGCGUAGCUCUGAUACCAUGAAGAGAUAUUCAGAUAAUUCUUGUAUUCACGUGUGAGAUUACAAGACUAGUAUUUAUAGACAUUUUACAGAACUAUCUAGAAUUCCAAGAAGUGAGCUGGCACUCGUUUGUUAUAACUGUCGCUGAGCUGUCCUUCCAGUUGGUUGAGAAUACUGCAGACAGGGCUGAAGGGCAAGCAAUUGGUGUUUGCAUUUUAGAAGAAUCAAUUAACCAUUGUUGUGUUAUUUUUCAAGUUGUGGAUUCUUCAGUAAAUACUUUCAAUGUCUCGUUCUUCACUUGAUGAGGUGUCACCGACUGGUUCUUUCAUCCGCACACCUUCAACCUUUCGCAAUUUUAUUUCAAAAGAUUCAGCAUCCCAGUUCCCUGCAGUAUCUGGAAGAUACCAUCUUUACAUAUCUUAUGUAUGCCCCUGGGCAUCUAGAUGUUUGGCAUAUUUGAAGCUCAAGGGGCUUGAGAAGGCCAUUGGUUUCACGGCAGUAAAAACCAAAUGGGAAAGGACCAAAGAGACUGAUGAGCAUUUGGGCUGGGUCUUUCCUCGUUCUACCACAGAAGAACCUGGGGCUGAUCCCGAUCCUUUGAAUGGAGCCAGGAGUAUCAGGGAACUUUAUGAGCUUGCAAAUUCAAAUUAUUCAGGAAAAUAUACUGUUCCUGUCCUUUGGGAUAACCAGCUUAAAACAAUUGUAAAUAAUGAGAGUGCAGAAAUAAUCCGAAUGCUCAACAGGGAGUUCAACGAAAUAGCGGAAAAUCCUGAUUUGGACUUGUACCCCUCUCACCUGCAAGCAGUAAUUGAUGAGGUCAAUGAAUGGGUUUAUGAAUCGAUAAACAAUGGUGUAUAUAAAUGUGGUUUUGCUCAGAAACAAGGGCCUUAUGAAGAGGCUGUAGUAAAGUUAUUAGAUGCUUUGGACAAAUGUGAGGAGAUACUAAGCAAGCAGCGCUAUAUUUGUGCGAAUGAGCUGACAGAGGCUGAUAUUCGUCUUUUUGUAACUUUGAUUAGGUUUGAUGAGGUUUAUGCUGUUCAUUUCAAAUGCAGCAAGAAACUCAUCCGUGAAUAUCCGAAUCUCUUCAAUUACACCAAAGACAUUUACCAAAUCUCUGGCAUUAGUAGCACUGUUAAUAUGGAACACAUUAGGAAGGGUUACUAUGGAAUGCUUUCUCUUAAUCCUUUUGGGGUUAUUCCAAUUGGACCCAACAUAGAUUAUUCCGCUCCCCACGAUAGAGAAAGGUUCACUUAUUAGAAAUGUGUGCGCUGUUUUCUUCUUUUUUUCCUACAGAUUCUUGGAACUUCAUUCUGAAAAAUAUCCUUGUUGUAAAGAGCUAUGGUGCUCGUUAUCCUUUGUAUGGCUGGAUUGACAAAUAAGCUUGUGCUUAGCUGUGUGCGCACUCUCACUAUUUAUGCUUGAUUAAUUUGUUAUCAUAUGACAAAUCUAGUUUGUUUUACAAGAAACUUUUGCUAGUUCUUCAGAA